AUGCAAUUGAUCAAGACAGUGGUUGACCGUCUACAGGAAGCUGGCUUCAAAAUCAAUCCUUUGAAAUGUAAAUGGUGUGUUCAAGAAACAGAUUUCUUGGGCCAUUGGUUGACCCCUGAAGGUGUAAAACCUUGGAAGAAAAAGGUUGAUGCCAUCUUCAAAAUGAAUGCACCUCGCAACAUUACUGAACUACAAGCUUUCUUGGGUGCUGUGACCUACUAUCGUCACAUGUGGCCCCGACGUUCUCACCUUUUGCAACCGUUGACAGCUCUCACUGGAACACGCACAUUUCAAUGGACAGACAAAUGUGAAAAAGCUUUCCAAACAAUGAAAUCUUUGAUGGCUAGUGAUAUUUUAAUGCGGUAUCCCGAUCACAACAAGCCCUUUGAAGUCUAUACUGAUGCUUCAGACUAUCAAAUUAGCGGCGUACUGGAGUUGCAAACUCAAUGA